CAUCCCAGCCUGGCGUGGGACAGGGAAGAGAAAUGGCUGCAGUGGAGUCAGUCCAGGGGCUGGUGACCUUCAAGGAGAUGGCUAUGUAUUUCACCAGGGAAGAGUGGGCUCUGCUGGACCCCACUCAGAGAGCCCUCUACUGGGAUGUCAUGCAGGAGAACUAUGAGACUGUGACCUCGCUGGGCCAGAGAAUAACAUCCAUGUUUCGCUGCAGAUCAUCUCGUCCUCCCAGGGACAAGGAAAUGGCUGCAAUGGAGCUGGCUCAGGGGCCGGUGACCUUCGAGGAGGUGGCUGUGUAUUUCUCCAGGGAAGAGGGGACUCUGCUGGACCCCACUCAGAGAGCCCUCUACAGAGAUGUCAUGCAGGGGAACUAUGAGACGAUGGUCUUGCUGGCCUCAAUAGGUCCCUGUGAUGGAAUGUAAGGCUACAUCUAGACUACCCACCGUAUCGGCGGGUUAAAAUCGAUUGCUCGGG